AUUUUAGUGAUUGGCAAUAAACUUAAAGUGAUCAGUAAAUAAUUUUUUUGCAAAUAAUAUUGUUAUUAAAAUAGAUAUACUAAUACUUUUCGACUAAAUUCAAAUAACUUCGAAAAUGUACCUCCAGUUUGUUUACUUUGAAUCAAUCAAGUUUUUUAUAAUGAUUUUAAAUAUAACCUAAAAAAAAAAAAUAGAAUCAGUUUGAUUAUUAAUAAAAAUAAACUGUUUAUCAAUUUCGAAAACAAUUGAAUUUUGUUAAUGAUUAAUGGAUGAAGACAGUGGUAAAAGAAUGAGAGGUAGAGCACGUGGUAGAGCUCGUGGGCGGGCUCGAGGGCGAAUACGAGGUCGUACAAAAAAAGCUGUUAAGAUAAUAGAAAGCGAUGAAGAAGAUACUCCUCAAGUACCGGAACAAAUUCAAAAAGAACCCGAAGAAAUAGAAACCGAACAGUCUAAUUUUGAAGGUCUUCAAGAUCAACAGCAAUCACAAGCAACUCCAACAGAACAUCAGUUCGAUUUGGAGGCAGAUAUAUCACAGUUGGAAGCGCCAACUUUCACUACAAUCAAUCGAGGUCCUCCAGAGCCUAUGCUGCGCUUGCGAUGGGAUCAUCGUGUUAAUCUAAUUGGAGAAAAAGUUCUUAAUCCGAUGAUUCAUUGCUGCGACAAAUGUCUUAAACCAAUUCUUAUUUAUGGGCGUAUGAUACCAUGCAAACACGUAUUCUGUUUAUUUUGUGGCAAACGAGAAGAUAAAAUGUGUCCUCGAUGCAUGGAAAAAGUCUCUCGAGUUGAACAAACAGGACUCGGUACAGUAUUUAUGUGCACUCAUGGAGGUACUAGAUAUGGUAACGCUGGUUGUCGUAGAACUUAUCUUAGUCAACGUGAUUUACAAGUAAUAUAAACAUUUUUUCUCUGU